UAACCGGUUGGUAGCAUUCAGAGGAAAGGAUGGACUUUUCGUCUGUGGAGGAAGGAUCCAAGCCUUCAAAGAAGACUAAAUGGUGGUGCCCAUUCUCCCACAUACAGCAUGGAUAUCUACAUUGCUGGCUCGAGAAGCUCAUAGUGUAAAUCAUGAAGGCUUGGCAGGAACCCUUUUGAGGAUGAGGAGCAAAGCUUGGGUUGUCAAAGGGAAAAGAGUAGCCAAAAAGGUUAUUGACGCCUGUGUCACCUGCAGGAAAGCAAGGGCAAAACUAUGCCAGCAGAUCAUGAGCGACCUGCCACCCGAGCGAUCAGAGCCGGCAGCUCCAUUUGAGUUUACCACUAUGGACCUGUUUGGACCCUAUGAUGUAAGAGAUGAGGUGAAGAAGAGAGUGAGACUCAAAGUCUGGGGAAUAGUGUUCAGUUGCAUGGCAUCCAGAGCCAUUCAUGCGGACAUUGUCAGUGAUAUGUCAUCAGAAGGAUUUCUACUUGCCUAUCAGAGGUUUACAUCACUGAGAGGACACCCCAGCAAGGUGUGGUCUGACCCAGGCACAAAUUUCAUAGGGGCUAAACCUGCUCUUGAUGACCUCUAUAAGUUCUUAGAACGCCUAGAAGGAUCCGAAGUGGAGAAAGAGGCUGCUAAACAUAGUACAAAGUGGUCUUGGAAGAUCCACCCUGCGGAUUCCCCUCACAGAAACGGGGCGGCAGAGGCGGCUGUCCGAACUGUGAAGAGAGCCCUGCAGAACUUGGGUGGUGAUGGCGUUUUCACAUGGGGAGAAUUUCAGACCUUUGUGUAUAUGGCAGCCAAUUUGGCCAAUGAGAGGCCUAUAGGUGCUAGAGCACAAAUCCAAGAAGACUGCGUGGAGUAUAUCACCCCAAAUUCACUUCUGUUGGGGCGUGCCUGCUCAGGAGGAGACCCAGGACACUUCCAGUUUGAGGGUUACCCCUACAAGAGACUAAGAGUGAUCCAGUCAGAGGUAAACAGGUUCUGGAAGAAGUGGUGUCAAUUGGCAGGACCAAGCCUCUUUGUCAGGAGCAAGUGGCACACGAGGGAGAGGAAUGUUGCUGUAGGAGACAUUGUUUGGCUGGCUGAUCAGAAUGCCUUAAGGGGUCAGUUCAAGUUGGCAAGGGUAAUCAGUGUGAACCCUGAUAAAAAAGGAGUUGUGAGGGAUGUUCAAGUAAGAACUUUCCCCAGCUGCCCAGUCACAAUCAAGAAAUCAGCCAAAGAGGAAAGUGGGUGUGGAGCUGUCAAGGUUGGAAGAAAGACCCACAUGAAGGUCCCUGCUACAAUUCUCCAAAGAGAUGUCAGGCGCCUUGUAAUCUUGGUUCCUGCGGAGGAGCAACAAGAUGGAGAUCCAGCAGCCUCAGCAAGAUUUGUGUGACCUCCUUGGGUUCUGAACCAGGAGCUCAAGUGGGAGGUGUACUGUCAGUUCCUGAAAGGGAAAUUCUUUAACUUUGGAAAACGGAACUUUAUUUUGAAACAGGAAGUUGACUCUCUAAGGUUCUCAUCUGCAGCAGCAACACACAGAACGUGCAGGGUGAGCUGAGAGCACUUGCUGAGUGAGUGGUGGUGCCUGAAGCUGGAAAAGGACUAGAAAAGAGGGAAACAUAAAGUACUGGCCAUCUCCAGGGAAGCUACUGGUUUACAACCUGAUCUGAUCUGACCUGAUCUUCAACUUUCAUGACUGUCUGGCAUCUAAAUGUCAAAGUAAAGAGAAGAAAAGGAAAAUAAAGGAUGUUGUCGUCUGAGUUGAUCCAGCUAAAUCUGUAGUUGGCCAAGGCCCUUUUUCAAGUUUGGGCAGACUUUAAGUUAGAAUCCCAGGAUAACUUGACAG